GGGCCAUUCGAUAAGGAAAACCCUCAUUGAAGAAAGCCACAAUACCACCUACCGUCCCAACGAUCAUAUCACAUCCUUGACAUCUUGGUCGCUCAACUCGGAAGGCCAACUCCACCACGCUCCUCACUUCCGCCCACAAUCCGAAACAACACAGCCGAAAAUGGCCAACGAGCAACCCCAGACCCCAGACCAACAACAAGCUGCAGCAGCAGCAGCCGCACUGCAAACGCAACGCGAAGCCGACUACCAACGCUUCAAGACCUACACCGCCUGGACCCUACUGAUAGCCUCGCCGAUCCUCAUCGCGCUCCCACCCCGCAAACUCGACAACCUGACCGUGCUCCAGCUCAGCGCCUUCUCUAUCUCCGCCAACCACCUCACCCGCGAGCGCACCGGCCGCAGUAUCGUCGACCGCAUCGAGGACAAGAUCGCCUCCGGCCGGACCCGUUCCGACGGCACCCUGGCCUCUCUGGGGAGCGGGCUGCCCAGCGAGCGGGCGCUGGAGAUCCAGGCGCGGUUGCGGGCGGACCGGGAGAAGCAGAUUGAGGAGGCUAAGGGGGAGGAGCUGGCUAAGUUGAAGGCGCGCGAGGAGUUUGAAAAGCCUGUUUUGCAGCGGGUGUGGAUGGGCAGCGAGACCGAGGGGUGGAAGGAGCGGCGCAUCCGCGAGGAGCAGCAGGCGCUCGCGGAGGGGAAGGGAUACGGGGAUCUGAUCCGCGAGCAUAUCUGGGAUGUUUGGACUUGGGGGAAGGGGAAGGAUGAGGGGGAGAAAUGA